AUGUCCCGCAAGAGAAAGCAAGACGAAGAAGAGGAGCUCGUCUCCCUCCCCGAAGACUCCGAUGGUGAGGAGGAGGAAGAGUACGUCUCUACCGCAGACGAAGAGGAACAGAGUGAAGAAGAUGAGGACGCCGAGGAGGAAGAGGAAGAAGAAGAUGACGAAGACAAAGAAGCCGACGCCAAGGUCGAGCCUCCUGUAAAGAAGCGCAAGACGGCCGAGGCGGACGACCAAGAACUCAAUGGCGACGCUGAGGACGACGAGGAAGAAGAGGAAGAGGAGAAGGAAGAGAACGAUGACGAGGAGGAUGCCGAGGGCGAUGAUGAGGCAGCCGAUGUUCCUGCUCCAACCAAAGAAGCCGUCAAGACGGCUGAGGCGCCUGUUGCUACCGAGACUCCAGAGUCCAAAGCGGUCACGGCCGGUGGUGACGAGUAA